AUGCCUCGAGUUGGGCACCUCUCAUGCCUCGAGUUGGUCACCUUUGAUGCUUCGAGUUGGGCACCUUUGAUGCUCGAGCUGGGCACCUCUCAUGCCUCGAGUUGGUUGGGCGCCUCUCAUGCCUCGAGUUGGGGACCUUUGAUGCUUCGAGUUGGGCACCUCUCAUGCUUCGACUUGGGCACCUUUGAAGCCUCGAGCUGGGCACCCACCUUUGAUGCCUCGAGUUGGGCACCUCUCAUGCCUCGAGUUGGUCACCUGUCAUGUUUUGAGUUGGGCGCGUUUGAUGCCUCGAGUUGGGCACCUCUCAUGCCUGGAGUUGGGCAUCUAGCAUGCCUCGGGUUAUUGGGUUUCCUUGAUGCCUCGAGUUGGACACCUCUGAUGCCUGGAGUUGGUUUCCUGCCCGCAGUUGGGCACGUGAUGCAUCAAUCUAUAUUUCUUUUUAGCCUUGAGUUGGGCACCUCUGAUGCCUCUGGAGUUGCUUUCCUCUCCAGUUGGGCACCUUCGAUGCUUCCACUCCCACUUCGGCACCUCGAGUUGGGCACCUGUCCUGCCUCCAGUUGGGCAUCGUUGAUGCCUGGAGUUGGGCAUCUCUCAUGCCUCGAGUUGGGCGCCUCUCAUGCCUCGAGCUGGGGGCCUUUGAUGCUUCGAGUUGGGCACCUCUCAUGCGUGGACUUGGGCACCUUUGAAGCCUCGAGCUGGGCACCCGCCUUUGAUGCCUCGAGUUGGGCACCUCUCAUGCCUCGAGUUGGUCACCUUUGA